CAGACUGUGUGCAGAUCAGCGACGAAAUAAAGUGUAAUUAGGUCAGGCUGCUUAUCAUCUUUUAUAAGCUCAUGCGAGGCCGAAAUUAAUUAAUUUCUACCAACGCGCCGAAGCACAUCAACAACAUGCAUUGUAUGCGCAUAUCUAGAUUGAUUGUAUUGUUCCUGCUGGUGAGAUGGAGCAGCGGUACUAAGGACAAGAGACUGGUGCUGCACAGUGAUGAAGACACGGCGGCUGCCAUCCAGGCAUUGACUGCAAGGAUUGAACAGUUGGUAGCUCAAAACAAUCGACAUGAAUCAGAAAUACAAGCGCUGAAAUCAGGAUCUGUUGACGGUUCUGUGUACACAAGAUGGGGCCGAACAUCAUGCCCGCAAAACGGAUCAGAACUUAUUUACGCUGGAUAUAUUGGUGGAAACGGGUACAACACGAAUGGGGCUGCCGAUUACAUUUGCUUGAGCGGUGAUCCACUAUGGGGCGUAUAUGACGAUUCUGCUCACCCAUAUGCUUUGAAAAUACAUGGGACGGAGUAUCAAUUUGCUCAACAGUUCAGUAAUGGUGGAGCACAGUUCUUUGGCCAAAAUCUCCAGGACCACGACGCCCCGUGUGCUGUCUGCAGAUCCAGCCGCACAACAAAUGUGAUGAUUCCCGGCAGGAACCAGUGUUACCCUGGCUGGACGAUGGAAUACUGGGGAUACCUUGUUUCUGGUUAUUAUACUCACUCAUCGCCAACAAAUUACGCCUGCUUAGACGCCAAUGCUGAGUGGGAAGUUGGUGAUGGUGAUGACAGGGACGGUAAAUUGAUGUAUUUGGUAGAGGCUGCAUGCGGUUCACUUAAGUGUCCACCCUACGUUGAAAAGCGAGAGAUCACAUGUGUCGUCUGCUCAAAAUAAUCCAUCAUGUUUAUAUUAUCUUCUAGGACGGUUAUGGGAAAUCAGUUCUUGACUUAAUUAUCAUGGUAAUUUGUACAUCUUUUUUAUUUCGUUAUUGCAAUAAAUAACAAAGUUUAUUUAA